AUGGAGGGCUCCAAAGUGAAACAGGAGACUGCGAGGACGGUCAGGUUCAGAGUGGCGUCUGCCAAUAGCGGACGUGUGUUGGCUGAGGUGUUCAAGGAUGAGACCCCAUGGUGCGGCUCAGUGUCCGAGCCAGUGGACUCGGACAGCAGCGGCGGUCCAGGGGCGCAGCAGAGGGUCUCAUCUGCCCCCAGCGAGGCCAACAGCCACCUUAAAGGCCUGCUGGGUGACUCCUCGAUAGAAGAGAACGAUGGCGAAACUGAUGACCUGCUUUUGUACGCCAGUGCCAAGAGAGAGACGCUCUUCAGCAACACGCGACUCAAUAUCUGCAGCAAAAAUGGAACCAUAAGAGGCGUGAGGAACAAAGUGAGCGCGGGACAAGUGCUUUUCAACAAUCUCUCCAAAAUGUAUUCUGAUUUUCAGAUGUAG